AUCCUGUCCUUAUUCUGAUUCAUCACUACAUUACUGUUACUCUGUUACUGGUACCUCUUGUUCAGUUGUUGUUCUUUAUAGACUAUCAACCAGUGAAGAGAGAGAAACACUCCACAGUAAAGGUAGGAGACUACCUAUUUAUGUGGGGUGGGGUCGGGUCUGGAGUGCACUAUGAUGUGAUGGAGGUGUAUCACCUACUAACUGGUGCUUGGGACCAGAAACCUACUACUGGUACCCCACCACAAGGCACCUGGGGCUAUUCUUCUGUCGCUAUUGGGAAGGACAUUUAUUACUUUGGUGGUAAUAGUUAUCAAUAUCAAAAUAGCUUAUAUUCCUUCAGUGUGGAUUCAUUCAAGUGGAGGGAACUCUCUCCUUAUAGUUCUGAUCAUGGUCCAAUGAAGAAGGGGUACUGUGGAAUGGUAUCAGCUCAUUUUGACGGUGAAGACUAUCUAGUAAUAAUUGGGGGAAGCAGAGCAUCUUCUACUAAUACUUCAAAGCAAACUGAUGCUCAGUAUUCAGCUGGUGGUGGAUGUAAUGAGAUACAUUAUUACAGGAUUUCAUCAGAUCAAUGGAUAUCUCCUGUUGUUACUGGAGACAGACCACCUCCUAUUGAUGACUUCACUCUAACACCAGUUACAAAUAACACUGCGGUAAUGUUUGGAGGCUCUAGCUGAUAAUGAAUACAGUGAUAAAUUGUAUAUGAUAAGUUUCACUAAGAC